CUUGUGCAAGAUUAAUGAGCCCAAGCCACGAUGGAAUCUGGUUCUAUUGAGGCCGGCUAUGUUUCCCUCCCCGCCUACAUCACCAACCUCUCCAUAAAUGCUCCGAGUCUUAAGGAGCUGAGUCUUACCGAAGCUGAGCCAAAGAAUGGUGACCGACGUGAUCUUCCUAUUAUUGAGCUAUCUAGAGUCUUUGCAGAGCUGCAUGUACCUGGGCCAUUCGACUUCAUCUUCGAUAAGGGUGAGGUUGCAUCUGGCGCUCAAUUCAUCGUACGACAAGCAACCAUUGUCCCGCCGGAUGAUUCUCGGCAACUGAUCCUGGCAGCUAUCAAAUACCCCAGGUUUCUGCUUAAUGCAAGGAUAAAGCUGGAUCUGUCCUCGGAUAGCAUCCGCAGGCAGGUCUACGACUUGAUUAUAGAGAUUGCAGCCUUGCGCCAUCCGGCCCUACGAGAUCAUCCAAAUAUCGUCCACAUGAUUGGUUGGGGGGUUGAUAUAACUUGGCAUCGGGUUCCCUUUAUUGCACUGGAGCUGGCAAAUGGAGACCUUGAAAAGUUUAUUCAGGACGAUGUGCCCAUGACAUUUAGAAAUCGACAGGCAAUUAUCUUUGAUAUCUCGUCUGCGCUUUGGGCUAUCCACGACGUCGGUAUUAUUCAUGGCGACUUAAAGCCUGGAAAUGUUCUCAUAUAUGAAAAAGACGCACGCUGGCUUGCCAGAUUGACCGACUUUGGAGGUGGCGCAGGUAUAAUUGGAACCAAUUCCCUGCGUGGUAGAGGUACAGUUGGGUGGAGGGCUCCGGAGCUCCGUCUGUAUCAUGAGAAUGGGGAACCGCUAGAUCCAGAAUAUCUAGACAGCAUCGACAUGUAUUCCUUUGGCCUCAUAACGUGGUUCACCCUGUGCCAAACGACGUCCCCCCCAGAAGGUAGCGAGGGAGACAGAGCUCUUGAGCUGGCAUUACAGGACUUUCGGAACAAGAGUGAUAUCCCAGAAGCGCUCAAGGACAAAUUCUGCCAGUUGACAGAAGCAUGUCUGACUAAGGAUGCAAAAGAACGCGAUGCUGCGGUCGUGCGUCUCUUGGGAUCAAAGGACGGAAAAGCUGCCGUCGUGAACAAGGGCCAUCAAGCCGAUACGCACAGGGGUACUCGAAACGAUGGAGAUACUGAAGAGGGCGUUGCAGAUCUCGAGUUCCAGGCUGAUGCUGUAGACAACUAUUCACCAUGGGAUUGGCAGAUGCCUGUAUUCAGCGACGCGAUGGCCAAUUAUCUACUAUCUGCUUAUUGCCAGAAUGAAAACAGCCUAUCCGCAGAAGAGGUCUUUGGACUAUUCAUGAACUCCCAAGAUCUCAUCAACAAGAGACUCCUCGAUCCAUUGACGAAAGAUACUUGGCUUGGACUUCUUCGCAAAGCUGCUCUCAGCGGCGUAAUACAAGCUCAAGGCCUCAUUUUCUCAUAUUACGACCGCUAUGGUUUUCAACCUGAUGAUGAAAUCCAAGUCCACAGACAGGAUUGGCUAUUCAGCUCUAUUGCCACAGGGGCGUUGGCGUCUUCUACCAAGGCUCGCUCGACGGACCCUUCUCGUUUUGACAACGCCAUCAAGAUAUUCCAAAGAAAUGGCGGCUUCAACCAGCAUUUUACACUCAUGAAACCAUCUACUUUGGAUAAUUUAAUUGACUUCGAUCUCGAGAUUAUCCGCGAGGGAGUGUCCACGACUCGCGCUCUAAACAAAGAUGGCGACUGUCUUAUCCAUGCACUCUGCUCAUUCAAUAGCCCUACAGCUCUCAAGAUUCUCAAAAGAAUUACGAGCUCGACAAACGUCAACAGUCUCAACUACUUGGGCGAAUUUCCAUUAUAUCGUGCUUUCCUGUGCGGAUCCCUUGAAACAGUUAUAUUUCUGCUCCAUGAGGGUGCAGAUCCAACAAUUCAGUCAAGGGGAGACGGGCCAUCCUGUCUUCACUGGUUGUUUGCAUUUCACCCCGAUCAAAUAACAGCUGUAACAGACGCGAUUGUGAAGAACGGCGCCUUAGUCAAUGCUUUAUCGACUCGCGACCAUAAAAUGCUUCACUACCCAUUUGUGACUCCAGUGGGCAGUCCCCUACAUUGGGCGGUCGAGUUCUCCAGCGCAGAAGCAGUAAAGGCUCUCUUGAGACACGGCGCCGACCCUUGGCUUCCGAAUGGCCAUAAACAGUUUAUACUCUCGACAGGCAUAGCUUUCUUCUGUCCGCGGUCCCUUGAUGACGUAUUGCCUGAAGAACCUAUUCUUGGCGCCUCUGGUGGGUCAAGUGCUGUGGAAAUAGCUGUCCAAAACUGGGAUCAUGGUAUUCUGCAACUCCUUCUCGAGAAUAACUCAAGAGGGGGCACUCAGAUCCUUGAGGAUGGGAUUGGAGUCUUUCAUCAUCUAAUCGCGGGGGACUUCCGCUGGAUAGGCACCCAAAAUCAGUUCUAUAAUCCUGUCAUGAGAGGUCCUAGAUCACUUGACCGGGCCAAGAUACGAAACACGGUCGAUACACUUCUGAGGUAUGGGUUUGAUAUCAACCAACUAUCAGUUUCGUGGAUCCCUUUUCCAUUUGAUAGACAAAUCACCAAUACUUGCCUGAUGCUUGCUAUCUAUGUAGGAAAUCUUGAAAUGGCUGAGGAGUUGAUUGAAGCAGGCGCAGAUGUGAACAUGGCUGGAAAUGAUAAGCGGACAGCUCUGAUGGGCUUUGGGCCCAACUAUACACAAAAUGAAGACCUCCAGAUCCGCGCUAUCAAGCUUCUGCUGGCCCACGGAGCGCGGAUCGAUGUUCGUGAUGAGAAUGGCUUUACACCUGUCCUAGCCCAAGCCCAUUCCGUCCGAACGUCUGCCGUUGAAGUGCUUCUUGAUAAUGGAGCUAGUAUCAGUGACAAACCUGAGAAGCCCAAUUGGAGUCUAGAGGAGGGCGAAUAUCCGCUUUUCAACAUGUUAUGUUCUGGGAGACAGGACAAGCAAUUAGCCAGAAUUCUACGCAAGCAUGCAGUCAUGGCUCUGGAUGCCAUAGCUGCAACGCAAACGGCGUCAAGGAGAACACUAUUGCAUUAUGCAGUUGAAUACGAACUUUUCGAGAGUACUCAAGUCUUGCUAGAGGCUGGAGUUGAAGUGAAUCCUAUUUACAAGAGUAGGCCGAGUGCAAGCGGAAGGGAAAUACCACCAGAGACGCCACUAGAUUCGCUAUUAAAGUCUUGGCCUUUGAGUCUAGAAAGGGCAAGAGAGAAGAUGUCAAAGUCAGAAGUGUUAGAAUAUGAAGAAAAGCUUACCGAUUUACUGGAUUUACUUAAGAGCUAUGGUAGU